GUAAUGAUAUAAAUUGAAAAUUGCAAAUUAUACAGUGUUUGGUUUGGUGACGGAGAAUCAAACGAAACAGCAUAGAGGAGAGGAAAUCCAAAUUGUUUUUGUGGUGUAGAUUUGAUUUGAUUUGACUUCAUGUUUGCCGGAACCCUAAUCUGAUCUGAAAAUCGAACAGGCCAUGCGACGCUGCUUCUCCGCCGCCACCGCCCUCUCCACGGAGGACUCAUUUUCCAUCAAUCGCGCCUCCGAUAGUAUCAAUUUCCCUUUCUUCGAUUUCUCCAGCUGCCGCCAUGUCUUCUUCCGAUGCCCAUGCCGCCGCCCCUAAUAUCAACCCCAAAGGUGUUCUCUGCAAUGCCGCCGCCGGUGCCUCCGCCGGAGUUAUUGCAGCUACAUUUGUGUGUCCUUUAGAUGUCAUCAAAACUAGGCUUCAGGUUGGUUUACCACAGCUCGCUAAUAAUGGAAGUACUAAAGCGGGCAGGGUAAUAGUUGGAAGCUUGGAACAAAUAUUUCAGAAGGAGGGGUUACGUGGCAUGUACCGUGGGCUGGCUCCUACUGUCUUGGCUUUGCUCCCAAAUUGGGCAGUUUAUUUUACUAUAUAUGAGCAGCUCAAAAGCCAUCUUAAUUCUAAUGAUGAAAGCCAUCAUCUUUCAGUUGGAGCUAAUAUGGUAGCUGCUUCUGGUGCUGGAGCUGCAACUACCAUGUUUACAAAUCCACUUUGGGUUGUCAAGACUAGACUUCAGACCCAGGGAAUAAGACCCGGUGUUGUGCCAUACAGGAGCACAAUAUCUGCUUUGAGGAGAAUUGCACACGAGGAGGGCAUACGGGGGCUGUACAGUGGUCUUGUACCUGCUCUGGCUGGUAUCAGUCAUGUUGCCAUCCAAUUUCCAACAUAUGAAAGAAUAAAAUAUUAUUUGGCAAAUCAAGACGACGCAGCAAUGAAUAAACUUGGUGCACGUGAUGUUGCAAUUGCCUCAUCAAUCUCCAAAAUUUUUGCAUCCACGUUGACAUAUCCUCAUGAGGUUGUACGCUCCAGACUGCAAGAACAAGGGCACCACUCAGAGAAACGGUACUCCGGUGUGAUUGACUGUGUUAGAAAGGUUUUUCAACAAGAGGGUUUACCUGGUUUUUACCGAGGGUGUGCCACCAACCUUCUGAGGACAACACCAGCUGCUGUAAUCACAUUCACCAGCUUUGAAAUGAUACACCGUUUUCUUGUUUCAACUUUUCCUUCUGAUCCGCAGUUUUUGUGAUGAUUGAUCAUGCCGGUAUCUGUCAUCUUUAGCCGUAGAUUCCAAAACACUAGCAAGUCCAGCUGAGUAGUCCUUGUCCUUCUCAUGGCGAUGUAGAUCCUAUUCUUUAUGAUCCGAUAUAUGUAUUGUAGUCUGUAGAGCCCCAUAUCUUCUCAACCAGAAUUGAACCUGGUUUCCCUCAAUAAACUUGUGCAAAGUCCAUUGUCUUUGUAGGGAGACCAAAGGGAUACUUACAGAUUGGAGAUUGAUAAUGACGAUAAAAAUGAUAAAGUGGUACAUGGAUGACCUGCUUAAUUUAUUUGGAAACUGCUAGAUAAUAUUAUCCUUUUAAAAACUUUUACUCUA